AUGUCGAGUCCAUCAGGCAGGCAUGCAGCCCCUUCGCCAGGAUCUUUAUCGAUACACCCUUCCAACUUGGGGAACCAUCCCAUCCAACCAGCUGCUCAGUACCAGGCAAACCCAUCAGGUAGGCAUCCAGCAGUACGUUGGCCAGGAUCUUUAUGGAACCAUCCCAUCCAACCAGUUGCUCAGUUCCAGGCAAACCCAUCAGCCAUGCCUUCGGCACCUUGGACAGGAUAUGAUCUUCCAUCUUCUAGCUUUGCUAACUACGAGUAUCAAGCAAAUCCAUCGACCACGCCUGCAACAUCUCAAUCAGGAACAUGUCCUGCACCUUUAGAGUACUAUACUCCACAUGUAGUCUAUCACGACCCUAUCAGUCCAGGCUUUUCUUAUCAGGCGAAUGAAACAGUCAUGCGUCCAGCAUCUCAGCCAGGAGCUUACCCUAUACCUUUAUUCGAUACUACUAAUAACCCUCCUACCCAUGCUACCACUCAAUCUCAGACAACCACAUCAGGCAUGCCUUCAGAAUCCUCACAAGAAAUUAUUCCGACACCACAAUUACAUCAUAACAAUCCUAUCCAACCAGAAGCUGGGGAUGAAGGAUACUCAUCGGCCAUGCAUGCAUCCACCUUGAGAAAGCGCUAG